AUGUGCCUCUACAUCCUCCUAACCCCUCUCUGCGCGCACGCCCCGACCCUCCUAGCCGGGCCGUCCUGCCCGCGCGUCUGGGCCGAACUGAACCGGAUCCACGGCGCCGAGGCGUGGCGCACGGCCGAGGCGCGGGCUUCGCUGCCGUUCGAGUGGCCCGACGCGUGUCUGCCGCGCGAGGGCAACGUGCGCGUUGUGCCCACGGGCCGGUGGUGCGGGUGGGAGUGUCGGAAUAGCCAUUCUCUUGGGAUGGAGGAGGGGGCGACGGGACAGGGGAGUGAUGGCGACGGUGGUGUUGGUGCUGGUGGAGUUUCAACGACGGAGGGACGGAUGGGGGUGCCGGGGGCGAGAUACGGGGUUGAGAGACCGGGCGUGGGAUGGAGGGAGGGAUGA